ACAUCGACGUAUUUGCCGCAAUCGUUAGCUCCAUUUUUUUUUUAAUUGCAUCUCUCAUUCUUCACACAUUUUCCCUCCCAAUUUUCUACGCAAUGUCCACGGAAAGAGAGUCUUCUGAUUCAGAAGAUCAAAACUCUCCCCAAUUCUUGAACAAAUGGAUCGAGGUUCAAGAGUCGCUGAAGAAGCAGCUGAGCACGGACGACAGAUUCAGCUGGAAACUGCCCCCAAUAUGCAAAGAUCAAAUCUCAGAAGGCGCAGAAGAGAAUCGAGAUUCCAACCGCGGCAAAUUCCUCAAAUAUGUUGGUGGGGCUGACUUGAGUUUCUCCAAAACUGAUCCAUCAAUUGCGUGUGCUACGCUCGUCGUUUUGGACGUUUCUACCCUUGAAGUCGUGCACGAGGUUUCUAAGGUCGUCGAGCUUCGCGUUCCGUACGUCCCCGGAUUCUUGGCUUUUAGAGAGGCUCCGGUGCUCCUAGAACUUCUAGAGAAACUGAAGAAUACUGCACUUCCAUUGUAUCCGCAGGUACUGAUGGUCGAUGGCAAUGGACUGCUUCAUCCUCGAGGCUUUGGAUUGGCUUGUCAUCUAGGUGUUUUGGCUGAUCUUCCUACGAUUGGGAUAGGAAAGAAUUUACACCAUGUUGACGGUCUGACACAAUCUGGAGCGAGACAACUGCUUGAAGCUAAUGGGAACUCAUGUAAUGAUAUAUUCACACUAAUUGGCGAUUCAGGUUCUACUUUAGGAGCGGCAAUGCGAUCAACUGUAGGAUCCCUGAAACCAAUAUUCAUCUCAGUUGGUCAUCGUAUAUCUCUUGCCAGUGCCAUCGAGAUUGUGAAGUUAUCUUGUAGGUAUAGAGUCCCAGAGCCCAUCAGACAGGCUGACAUUAGAUCAAGAGAGUGCCUCCGCAAGAAUGGUUUAAGCUAGCGCGCAUGAAAUAAACUGCUUCGAGCUGCAUUUCAUCUGACACCAGAUGCUGUUGUAAAUAACUUCCGAAGAACUAUGCUCUUUGUGUUUCAAUGUUUCAAACUUUGAAGAUCUCAACACGAAAAUCGGCCCAAUGGUACAUUCAUCAUCAAGAUUGCCUACCAGUCUGUGCAUCAACCAGUUCCUGUAACUGUUGGUAUGAACCACAGGGAGACGAAUUCGGCAGCCAUUUAUGUAAAAAGCAGUGCAACCUACCGGAUGGAAGCGAAGAUGUGGCAGAAGACAAAACAAAAAUACUGAGAAUCACAUCUGUAUAUAACAAAAAAGAAUGAAACAACAGUAUGAUAGCCUCAGUGCCCUCACAAAAAGGCCAGCAUUACUACAAGCAUUUGAAGCAGGACGCCAAGCGGCUCUAACAAGUAGCCACCAUUUCCCUUACCAGGCACUCUGAUCAUAAUCCCGAAGCGACACGUGCCACUCGACGGAUCCAGUCGUCGUGAUCACAGAGAGGUUAGGGAACUUGCAGGCAGUCUCCGUCUGGUUGCUUGUCUGGUAGUAACUAUUGAACGCAUAUGACACGUUCUGCCGUGCAUCAAGAUCCGCACAAGAGCUUCCGAACCCUAGACUGGUGCAGUCGGCAGUGGGAGCACGCGUAUUCCACGCUGGGAAUGAGCUGAGGAUCGUCGAGGCUGGCAGUGGGGGCGAGGACGCACCAACGCUUGGGGAGGUAGUGGAUAUUGCUGGCUGGGACGAGACCACGGUUGUUCGACCCGAGGCUGAGGUUGUACUUGAUCGUCCCAUCGUAGUUGAACACGCCCCAGUGGCGUUCGAAGUUCCCCGGCUGGAUGCUCUUGGCGUCCUCGUCGACGAGGCUGAACAGGUAGGCUUCCACAGGGCCUGGUCUCAUAGGAGUGCCCUUGCUCAUAUGCGCCAUCACGCCUUGGUUGAACCUCUGUGCGUAUCCGAUGUUGGCGUUGCGAUCCCCAUCGGUGGGCCACCCGAUUUCUCCGACGAUGAUCGUCAUGUUCCCAUAUCCGUUCUUCUGCAGCGCCCAGACGAGGGUGUCGUAGUUGGCGUCAAACACAUUGGUGUAGGUCCUGCCAUUGUCGUCGAUGGGGCUCGAGACCCCGUCGAAGAAGGCGUAGUCCACCGGGAAGUUGGCGUCGUUGUAGAGACUUAUGAACGGGUAGAUGUUGACAGUGAAUGGAGCUUCAUUCCGGCUCAAGAAAUCCACGAUCUGCACCAUCACAUCUUUGACAUUUGCUCGGAAGUCGCCUGUCGAUGGCUGCGGCGCCGUAGACUCGUACACGUCGGCGUUCAACGGGACGGUGACCUUCACCCGACCGCCGAGGCCGGCCUUGAUCAGAGCCGCCUGAAUGUUCUGCAGCGCCGGCAAGGUCGUGCUCAGGAAUGUUCCGUUGUAUGUGGAGAGGAAAGGCUCAUUUCCUACUGCAACAUACCUUGCAGAAACACAAACAGAGACCAAUUCAAUACGGUAUCAUGUUUCAGAAAUGGGGUUAACUUUCAUCCAUUUUACAAUUUUCACUACCUUUUUAAUUUGUUGCAAAACUAACACCCAAUUUUUUCUUUUUGCAGAAAAAAGUCGAGGGAUUGAAAAAAUUAGAAAGUGAUGAAUAUGAUUGGAAAUUGAAAGAGGGAGAGGAGAAUGACUUGAUUUGGACACUGUUGGAGGACAUAUGUGCAGAGACAUUCUUCUCGACCCAUCUCUCGGCAGCAUCGACGCUGGCGGCGAGAGUUGCGAGCAUGUCGUUGGGGAUUCCGACCAUGACCUCAAUCCCGGAUCCUCGGAAGGCGAAGAGGACUGGCGCCUCCGCGUCGAAGAGCUUCACCUUCUGAAUCCCGUUGUCCUUGAGCAGCUUCACCACAGUUGCAGGAGGCAGAGGGUGAGUCGCCUGUGUUCCCCAGUUUGCGCCGAUGCUAUGCGCAGUAUUCACCAUCAUCAACAACAUAAGACCUGCCGCUGCUAACCCUUCGUUCUUGCCCAUAUCUACAGGGAAAGAGGAGGGGAUCCUUUUGAUUUCCAACUCUGGAUGUCGGAAACAACAAGACUGUUUUUUUCUAGGUGGGAAAGAUGGGAUUUUUGGUGAUGAGAGAAGAAAAGGGAGUUUCGUAAACCUGAUUCUGAGCUUAUAUGAAGAUGAAGAAAGCCAGCUAAUGUGAUGCCAAGGCAUAAAGAAAAUGCAGCGCACACAACACAGAGCAUGACUAUAUGAUAUGUAUAUUGAUUCAUACAAUAUUUUUUCACCACUCUCAAUUGCUACAAGAGUGUAUUCUCUCUUGUUUCAAUUGUUUUCUUACAACUUCAUAAUUCGAAAGAAAAUAAUUAACUAACAAAGAAAGAAAGCAAAUGAUCAACAUAUAAGUUUGAUUUAGUGAAUAUUGAAUAAGAAUAAUUGUAAAUCCAUUCGCAAGCUUUGUCGCAUAAUUAUACUGUAAAUAAUUCAUAGUAUUAGAGGAAGUAAUAUGGUUAUGGUUCGAUUUCAGUUUUGCCAUAAUUUCAAGCGCAUUUUAAGAAAUGUAUACAUGACAUAAUAAGAACUUAUGUGUUGUUAUCCCAAAUUGUAAAGUAGUUCAGAAAUGAAAACUUUGAAGAUAAUCUACAACUAAAUGAGGCUUAUCCACUCCAAACUUAAUCUAUAAUCUAAAUCCUAAUUAAGAGCUUAGCUUAUUAAGUAUCCAAAGUAUAUCAAACAUCUAAAAACUACCGACCAAAGAAAAUACAUAUUUGCCUGAGGAAGUAAGAAACAAUUGGAUUGAUAAAAAAUGCAUAUCAUAACACGGCGUAAUGGUUACUUCAUAUUGUGUUUCGAUUAAAAAAUCAAGUUGUAAAUAAAAAUGAUACGACUCUUAUAUAGAAAAACAAUAAUUUUAUAAUUUUUUUUUAUAUAAUUUACAUAAGUAAAUAAAAAAUUCAAAGACCGCACGACGGAUGACUCGAACCAAGAACAUCAGGUCUUGAUAUUAACCUCCUACCGCUAGGUCAACACACACACACACAAUUUUGUAAUCUUAAUUCUGCCUUUGUUUGGUUGGAUAAAAAUACUCCCUCCGUCCCACCAUAAAGUGUGACCUAUUUUUUUGGGCAAGCGAAUUAACAAAAAUGUAUUUUGUGUGUAGGUGAAAAAAUGAAAAGGUAUUUAAAGGGCAAAAAUUUUAUUCAAAAAAGAAAGAAUCUCAUUUUAGGUGUGACGCUAAAAAAUGAAAGAGUUUCACUUAUGUUGGGACGGAUGAAUUAAAAUUGGAAGCAAUAACAUAGCUAUUUUGUUACAAACUUACAAAGAAUAGCAAGUUUACGAACGAUAUUUUCAGACAAAAUAAAGAACUAUUCCUAUAAUUUCAUGCUUAUAAUUCGGAACAAUUUAUGACAAUAAUUUAAUCUGCCAGGAAAAAGUAAGCAAUUUGAAUCGUGUUCGAUUCCUAUUGUAUUAAUACAAUUUGAAAAAUCAUUAUUUAUUUAAUGUAAUGAUUUGAAAAUCAAAUUUUAUGUCCUAAGUCCUAACUUUUGGACAUUGUCUAUCGUAACUUGCAAUAAAAUUUCUAAUUUUCUCCCUAAAAAAGGGAAAAAAAAUCAUUAUGAAUUAUUUAGAAUAUGCUUUUUGUAUAUAAAUAAAUAUAAAAAAUAGGGUUGCAUUUACGAUAUUUCCGUGGAAAUUAGCUCAUGGAAUCCCCGCCGAUUUGGAUUCCAUCUCAAAUGGAAUCCUGCGAUCAGUCAACUGUUAUCUCAAAACUAAAUAAAUAAAUAAAUAUAAGAAAAUUAGAAAAGAGAGAGAUAGCCGUCAAAACUCAUAUCUAUCAACGCCAAUUUUUCCUCUUUAAAUUCUUCUCUCUCACUACACUCCACCAACACCAGCGUUGAAAUUGAGAGAGAGAGAGAAAGAGAUCUGCCCCUCUUUUUCCACAUACAUUAUCUUUUCUGGGCUACAGGCAAGCUGAUAAGAAUGGCGGUAACGAUGAAGCAAAUGGCUCUGCUGGUAGCAUUCCUUGGGGCACUCUCCUUCAUCCUUGGGGUUGUUGCUGAAAACAAGAAGGUCAAUUUUCGUUAAUCUGAUUUUUUUUAACUAUCUAAUAGAAUAAAAAGGAUCUUUUUCUAAUAAUUUUACUUGGCUGUAUGUAUUCUUUUAUGCUCUCAAUUUAAAUUCACUUGGUGUUUCUGCUCAUCAGAUUAUUAGUCUUGGAUGCUUUAUUGGAUCUUGAAAUGUUAUAUUGAAAAGUGUAGUGAAUUGAUGUUUUUUUCAUUUCAAAGAUGAAUUGUUUCUUUACAAUGAAUCCGUUGAUAUGAGACAUUGUUAUGGACCUUAUGGUGUUUGUGAUGCCACUUUGCACAUUAGAUUUAUAUUUAUAGUAUAUGAUUUAUUGUGCAAAUUGAUGUUUAAAGUAGUAUAUGAUUUAUUAACUCAUGAUUAGAAGAAUGAAUAUUCUGAUGCUUAUUGCUGUCUUUCCAUGAGAAUUAUAUCCAGAAAAAAAGAAAAAGGAUCAAGACUACAUCAGCUAUAUAUACCGACUUCAUAUUACUACCCUUUACUUCUGUCUUAUUUUAUCUGCUUUAAAUCUGCAGCCUCCAUCUGGAACUCCGAUAACAGGGAAGGGCGUUGUGAUCUGCAAAUACCCGUCGGAUCCAUCUGUGGCGUUGGGAUAUGCAUCCUUUGCAUUCCUUGUUGUCUGCAUGUUUGCUGGUUGGUAUUCUCUAUUUUACCCCUACAAAGGAAAGCACGUUCCUAAGGCAGCACUAUUCCAAAACAAAGGCUUCCUUGCCUUCUUCGGUGUUGCUCUGUAAGUAUAUAUUCCUAUCCUUUUGGCAUAGAUGCUGACUGCAUUGCUUUUGUUUUGUGUUCAUACCUCUUUCUGCCUCUAUUUUGUCCCUUUAUAUCUUUUUAGCCUCUUCCAGUCAUUAUCACAUCAUUUAAGUAAUCUAAGUUUCCUCCUAGUUUGUUGAUGAUGUUAUUUGAUAGCACGACGUAUUCCACUCAACAAACCAAUAGUUUAGUAUCCAAUCAAACGAAAUUUUGAAUUAUGUCUAUGUUUUCAUUAUCUCCAAUACUCCAAAUCUGACUUUUUAAAUUCUAUUAAAGAAUCAAUAGUGUUCAUGCACAUCUCAAUCCGGUUAAAGUCCAUAUACAACUAGAAAUGUUUUGAAUCAAUGAUAUGAAAAUAACCCCCAAAUUUGUUUUUGCUGCUGAUGUCUUCCAUUGCCUUAUGUAGCUUUUGGCUUAUUUUUCUCUCUUAUUACUGUUGAAGGUCGACGGCUGUAUUAGCUAUUGUGAUGUUGUUGUGGCCUACAAUCACAGAGCAGCUUCACCACACAAACAAUGUUCAUCACAAUUUGGAAACCUCAUGCCCUACGGCCAAGACUGGACUUCUUGGUGGAGGAGCUUUUCUAUCUCUCGACUCGUGCCUCUUCUUUUUGGUCGCGUUGAUGUUGGCUGACAACGCUCGUGCCGACUACUUCGACGAAUCAGAUGACAAAGUUGCAGGAGGUUAUGAAGCUGAGGCAAUCAAGGGCAGUGCCUGAUAAGCUAGCAGGCUUAAUCUUAUAACUUGCUAUUGUCUUUUCUUCAUUUUCUUGCCAAUGGAUAAUAUAUAUAUAUAAACUCUCUCUCUCUCUCUCUCUCUCUCUGCAGCCUGUAAGUAUUCACUCCGUUGGUGCACAUUACCCUCAUUUUAAAGUCAAAUUAUUAAAUGGUAA